AGGUCAUGCGCACUGUGAAUCACGGAAGUAAAUAAGCCAAAUGUUUUGUUUUGGUCCACGAAGUAAAACUCAAGUAAAGCUUUUGGCUCUAUGUCGUAGAAACAUGUCUAUAAAGUCCACUCCCGGAACAAAGUGUGACAACCGGUCCGUUCACUCAGACUGCGUCGAGGAGGUUCAUAACAUCCCUUUGAACGUUCUUAUCAGACCGAUCCCUCCGGUUCUGGACGAGCUGAAAGUCCAGAGUCUGAUGGGCACAAUACAGGGAUCAGCAGACAUUGGUGUUGUUCCUCCCAUUGAUGUGCUCUGGAUUAAGGGCAGAGAGGGGGGAAAUUACUACUACUCUUUUGGAGGCUGCCAUAGGUUUGCUGCCUAUCAGAGACUGAACAUGUUGACCAUCCCUGCAAAACUCAUCAAAUCAAACAUCUCAGACCUAAGCACUUAUUUGGGGGCUUCGACACCAGACCUGCGCUGAUGCUGGAGCUCAUUGUUUUGAGAGACUCAGGUUACUCUUCUGUUCCAGCUGGUGACUGUAGAAAGAUUUUUUACCAGCAGGGGGAAACGUAACUCUUUAGUGGAAAAUAGAACAUUUAAGUGUAAAUUAAAGGGUUGUGUGUGAUUUUAUAUCUUACCCAAGAGCCUGUCAUUUAAUUUCAGCCCAGUUUGCACAUAAAAAUUCAGUUUAAUGGACUCUUUCCUUAUUUAUUUUCUUGUGUCUUUGACAUGAUGGUGAAACAGUUGUUUACUUUGGGGACUGUUGCCAUUUUUCUUUUUUUUGGAGCAAAUGGAGGAUUGGGAACAGAACUGAGUGACACUUUGAUUUGUCACAGGUGUUGACACAGUGAUGAUAGCGGCCCAGUAAACUGUGAGAGCGGGCCAGCGGGUUCACUCCGCUGCAGUAUUCUCAUGUCUAAUGUAGUUGCUUUUACUCUGCUACAAUUUGAGUGUAUGAGUCAUCGAGAGUCAUGACACCCUGAAAAUGCCAGAUCUGAUGUGAGCUACAGUACCUGAGGAGCCGGAGGUCAUGUCAAGUAGAUAAUAAUAUUUAACUCUAAGCUAAAACACAUCCAUCACAAUAAAUAACUGUAAAUGUUAAAGACAAAGCUGGUUUGUUUUAAAGGUUUGAAUAAAAAUUCGGAGUACUUUA